AUGUCGCAAUCAACAGCGAGGGCGUCUCCUAAGCGACCACCGCAACACAAGCAUCCUCAAGGUCACCACAACGAUUCUUCCAUCGCCCUUUCGGAACAAUAUCAUGAGCAAGGCUGCCGAUCUCGCGACUCAGAAUGUAUCAUCAGUGCAUCUUGUGUGGGGUGCGCAUCCAACCUCAACCUGACCCGCCUGAGGGACGACUCAUCUGGCGCUCUACGAUCCGUGCGGAAUGAGCUUGAUUCCUUUGCAGACCUUUUCCAGGGCUGUUCUGACGACGCCCGAGACUGCUUCUCCCAGUUCCCCCUGGAAGUGAACCAAUUGAUCUUUAACUUCCUACCAUCUCUGGACCUCUGCAGUCUCAGACUGUCAUCGAGACAGAUAGCAUGUAUUGCCAGACCGGCCUAUCUUCCUCAGUCCUUUUGGGCAAGCCGCUUUGCGACCGACAAGGAAAUGAACUUCUUCUCCCUGCAGGAAUACUUUUCAAACCCAGCGCGCUUCGACAAUUGGCGAUUGCUGUAUGCACAGGUUCAGCACACACUGCGGGACAAGACUCUCAGCGGGUACUUUCGCAACCGGCGCCGGGUCUGGCAGUGCGUGGGCCACCUCACACAGUGCUUGGUUCCACUCCUUGAACAAACUCGAAGUCUACGGUCCAGCAACAGCCUUGAAACAGAGCUCGGCUCACAAGGGUAUUCAAUUGGUCAAGAAUCGCGAAGAGUUGUUCAAGAAGAUGCUUCAGUGAUCAGGGGCAAGGGAAUACGCUUAUUUGGGAAACAGUCACUUCUUUUCCGUGCCGUAGGCUACGAAGCCAAGACGAUUCAAAUAUCAGUAUCCUUCAUCACCUUUGAUUGCGCCGAAUACGUCAGUGGAAUGAGAGUAUUUGAUCGAUCCGUUACCGGCUCCAUAACGGAACUGUCUCGAGCUGGCCUCAUCAUGCCAUAUUCUGAAGAAUCGAUCGUCAUCACGCCAAACGACCAACUGAUAGGCAUCCAAGUCGCAAGUUCGUUCACCGGAAUCGUCGGAGUCAGCUUUCUGCUGCAAGAUGGAGAUGGGCCAACCAUCCAGAGAGCCGCUGGAACCGUCAACAAUCCCGCGGAGGGCGUUGGAAUUACUACUCUACGUCCAAGGGUUGGCCAUAAGCUGUCUGGAUUGCUCAUCGGUUUUGAUGCCUGCAAAUUCGUAUCGUUGAAGUUGUUAGAGCUUCAGAUCGAUCAUGGGCCUUCGAAAAGCGGCCGAAGCGGCGGAACAUGUCUUGUGCCUUGGUACUGGCAUCCUGCUGAACCCGACCACAGCCACAUGGCAAUGUCGCUUCACAUGCCUGAAGCGGAAAAGGGAUCAUGGAUCCCGACUUUUGCAUUGGACAUGAACAUGGGAGGUACUGAUGGGAGUCGACUGUCCCGCCUCAAUCGAAUUGUAGCUCUCCAUGACGACCGUGGUGGCUUCUUUCGGGGGUUUGCUUUCUUCUACACGAACGGAAGCAAAGAAUCUUUUGGAAUGAGGGAAGUCUUAGACUCUGCAAGCAAGCGGUGGACCUGCAUCGAGCAGUCAAUUGCGCUGGAUGGUCCUGGAGGAGAGAGAAUCGUCAAGCUAGGAUUCGUGCGUCUGGGCGACCGUUGCCAGGUCAUCAAGGAGGAGUGGUUUCUCUCCUCCGCUGGGAGGAUCAUAACGGGAAUUCUUGCGACAGCGCAGCUCCCAUAUGGGUCUCUUCAUUCCUUCGGCCUCCGUUGUCUUGCUGACGUGCCCGACGCCAGCCUCGACUCUCGGCCACGACCCCCUCAAAUAACACGCACCUUUCCUAUGAAACAGCCUCAUGCGAGUCAAGCCCCCCAGGCUCUCCAAAGAUCCAACAGCUGUUUCACGUCUGUCGUGUUGUCCAAUAUCCGACGCAUUGGGGUGUCCGUCGGGAUUCCUGGUCGAACACGCGGCCCUGAUCAUGUCUCCGGGCUUUGCUUCGAGUUUUGGGACUCUAAAGUACCGGUGUAUGUUGGUCAAUGGUUCCACGAGGUUCGCAGCUUACCUGUUGGGCGCCGUGAAAGGAUUACCGGCUUCACCUUCUGGCAAGCACAGGAAAGCCAUCCAAACAAUGCUGAAUUGGAAAACAGCGGCAGGAUCACUGGGAUCAAGAUUUCGAAAUUGACUCACGGGCAUCAAGAAAUUGCGUAUAGUUUCGGGGGUAAAGAUGACAUGCUUGUGUACUCUUUUCUUGCGAACUCCUACGAGACAUUGACCGGCCUUGCAUGGAGCUUUGAUCACCAGUGUGACUACAUCUACGCCCUCACUCAGCCUCGUCCAGCAACCUCUUUGAUGUUACACGACAUUGCCGACGGCCGAAUGCCGGGUAAGCUAUUCUGGGAGUUUCAGGACGGCAAGGGAAACUGGCUGCAAGUUUCUGGCAUUCACACGUUUUUCACUGACAGCAAACUCUCGGGACUCGUAUUCGAGUACGGAAACCCUCGGAUCUACAGACAAGUUGGGGGGAUUGAGGGAAACAGAGUUUCGAAGAAAUUGGAAGAAGGGGAAUUGAUAACUCGAAUCGACAUUGUGAAAUUAUCACAUGGCGUGGAAAUGCCCUCUUCUAGAGGCAUCAUCAAGUUCAUCAAAGAAAGUGUGAAAGGAGUCACUGGGCAGCUCCACACGAGCAAGAAUAGGAAACUCAGCCUCCAGGAUGUCUCAAACGCCUACGCGGGACAGGGGUGCUUGCAACCGUACGAAUUUGGUGAUCCUCACGGUAAAGAGACGCCUGGCACACCAGCUCGCAAAGCGACUUUGGCCACGCUGUCGGAGACGUGUGGAGGGACGUGCGUCGGUAUUUGGGUGACGAUGAAUGUCUUCCCGAGAGCCACGGGUAUCGUGAGAAGGAUUGGACCAAUUGUGCAGAAGAAGUUACGAGAACUCUCCUCUUCUCAUAAACAUCAAGAAGUUCUUCUUUGUGGUAACAAACCGGGGGCGACAAGUGACAGUGUGGACGAAAUGCCCAAAUGUUAA